ACCACUGGGAGUAGGAGGGGGGGUAAAGGAUGAGAGUCAGUCAAUGAGCCCCUCCCACCUUCUGUAUAAAGGCUCCCAGUCUGGUGUACAGCUAUUAGCAGAGUGACACAGCUGCCUUACAGGACCAGUGGCAAUAUUCCCCAAACCUGUGGAAUACUCAUCUAUACAUCUGACCAGAAAAAGAAGAGCUUUGUUAUCCCACGUGAAUUCCAGGAGGAGAAAUGAAACUAAUCGUCCAAGCCUUCCUAUAUUGCUGCCUGGUGGCCACAGCAGCACACUGUAUAGAACUUGAAGUGAAACCCAAAUUAAAAAAGAGGCUCAGCAUAUGGCUCGGGAGCAGACUCAGACGGGAUCUGGACAGCAAGACUGUAAACUCUGAAAGCUUUGUCAGGCAAGAUGACAUCAGGGAUACCAUGCUGCCCCAUUCCAGGUAUAUACCUUCAACUGAAGCCACCAUUUCGAAAUGCAUUUGUCAGAGAAAUAAGGAUUUUGAAUCAACCUCCCUCUGUUUCUCCUGCAGCACUGAAACCCAUGUGCGAACCAAGAGGUCCAAAAAUUCUGCCAAUCAGUCAAGACGGCAGGGUUGUUACCUGGGGACUUGCUCAGUGCACGACCUGGCGCACCGUCUGCACCUUCUCAACAACACGCUGAAGAUUGGUAGCGCCCCCCCUGUCAAGAUCAGCCCACAAGGAUACGGCCGCAGACGUCGCUCCCUACCAGACCGCAGAGUCGCACUGAGACUGGAGCAGGGCAGGCUCAGGCCUGUGUGGAGCACCACUGACUCCCAAGUCCAUAAGCUCGAGGCUCUUCUCAGGCAAACAUGAAUGGAACUUUGCAAGAAAGAAGAACAAAAGCCAAGGCAGUCGAAGAGUUCGCGGACUCUCUGCUCUGUUCUCAAAUUCUCCAAACGCCUCCGAUUUGCCAAGUACUCUCCAGAAUCUUUCCAGGACUGGGGACCAGGUCAGAGCAAGACUGUCUGCACUGAGUUUUUUAAAAGCGCUGAGCCCCGCUGCUCGGUGAUGUGGAGCUGCAAACACUGGAUGGAACAGCAUGGAGCAACAACAGGUCCCGCUCUCUGCUUGGCACUUGGGCGUCCCCAAGAGUGUUGCUUCCUACCGAAAUGAGCGGACUUAUCCUCUGGUGUAAAAGAGCGAAGUCUCACACUUCCUCCUCCACUUUGAUAAGUGCUGUCCUGCAAGGAUAAAAACAAACAAAAAACUGUGAGCACUUUUCCAUUUGGACUCUAAUGAAUGAUCGGGAGAA